AAACAGAUAAACAAAUUGAAACCAAAUAAGUAUUUGAUUUCUAUUUGUGGAAGUAAAAGCAACCAUAAUUUAAAGCUUUUAUGCCUUCAACUAGCUCUUCCUGGGGCCUCACAACAACAAACUCUGCUGCUUCUACCAGAAUGACGAGUUCUCUGGGGACCCACCCUCGUAUCUGCUCGUUAGGAGGAGGUCCGGAGCAUAUUGUGAAGGAAAGAAGUUGCAAAAUUUCAUGCUUUCGUUAUACAGAUGUAGAAUCUUCUUGGAAAGAAUUGUUUCCUUCAAAAAUUCAGAAGUUCAAUAGCUGCCGCCACCUAAAUACUAGAAAAUGCUGGGCAGUUUUUUCCGCUGCAACCGGUGAUGCAAAUGAUCCGGAUGACUCAGAAGAUAGUAAGAAUCCUCCAGAAAAUGAAAAUGAAUCCGUAAAUAAUGAAAUUUUAAGGGGUAAUCUUGAAAGAAUCGUCGGGCGGGAUGACUCUGCAUUUAGCGGAAUAGACCUUGCAGCUCUGAUAAGGAAUAAAUAUGGAAGGUCCUAUGAUGUUCAAUUGAUUAAGAAGGAAUUCAUGGGGAAAAAUCUUCUUGCGUUAAACGUUAUGUGGAAAUACAGGGAGCAGCGAUCUUUUCCGUUAACUGAAGAAGAGUACCUACUGAGGCUAGAUGAUGUGGCAAACACAUUGAAAUGUUGGGGAGCUGUUUCUCAUAUUCGUAAUAGCCUUGAGAAGUUGAAAGAGCGGCCUCGGAUAGGGAAGGCAGUGAGCAUUUUCAUCGAUAUGGAUGAAUCCGGAGGCCGUGCAAAUGAAUGGAUUUACAAGUAGACCAGAACAUUGUAGCUCCUCAAUGUUGAUAGUUAGCAAUACAUAGGUAGAUAUAUAGUACAAAAAAGUUGAAGAAACACUUGUAUUCUUUAUUAAUUACUAUUUCAUUGUGCAGACACAAUUUUUUAUAUUGUUUCCAUUUGAUGUCAAUUACCCCCUUCUGCAGACAACAGCAUAUUUGUUGUCCUGCAAUUGUUUAUAUAUGUCUCCAUAAAUGUUGUGUUUUUA